GAUGUGCUAAUCAAAAUGGCGUACGACGCUACAUUUUCUCGAGUCGAACUUUCAGUGCGCUGCACGGACUUAGUAAAUUUAGAUCGCUUCUCAAAGAGCGACCCGAUGUGUGUUCUCUUCAGUAAAAGGCAAGGAGUGUGGAUAGAAGACGGUCGAACCGAGGUCAUCCGGGACAACCUCAAUCCUAAGUUCGUCAAAACGUUUGUGUUACCCUAUCACUUCGAAGAAGAGCAGCCUGUCAGAGUGGCCGUGUACGACAUCGACAGCUCGUCCAGAGACCUCAAACAGCAUGACUUCAUAGGACAGGCAGAGUUCAGUGUUGCUAAUGUGAUAGUGGCCGGUAAAGAGUUUGUAAUGAAUCUCAUCAAGCCUGGUGACAGUAAACUCAGAGGUAAAGUGCAUGUCAUAGCGGAGGAAGUUGAGGAGAGCAAAACCAAUAUUGAGUUUAUCAUCCGUGGAAGUCACUUAGACAAGAAAGACUUCUUUGGCAAGUCAGAUCCGUAUGUUGAAAUUAGUCGAGGAUUGGAAGACGGCUCGUUUAUUCUCGUCUUCAGAUCAGAAGUGAUAAAGAACAGUCUGAAUCCUCGCUGGAAGCCGUUUACGAUCAGUGGCCAGAAGCUCUGCAACGGUGACUACGAUCGGCCAUUGAAAUUUACCGUGUGGGACUGGGACAAGAAUGAUACUCCGGAUUUGAUUGGGCAUGCUACAUCAUCUUUACGGGCACUUGUCGGCGACGAGAAAGCCGGUUUAGAACCAAUUGCCGCUCUCGAGCUGAUUGAGCCGGCCAUUAGAGCAAAGAAAGGACGGAAGUACAAGAACUCAGGCAUCCUCCAAUUCUUGAAGUGCAAGAGCAUCGUAGUUCCAACGUUUGUAGACUAUAUACGAGGUGGAUGUGCCAUGAGUCUAAUGGUUGCUGUUGAUUUCACGGCAUCCAAUGGCGAUCCUAGACUCUCUAGUUCACUUCACUAUAGUCAUCCCUAUCAGCCGAAUGAAUAUGUUAAUGCUAUUCAGUCGGUCGGUACUGUCCUUGCGCCGUACGACACGGAUCAACGAUUUCCGGCAUGGGGAUUUGGAGCAAAAGUGCCACCACUGAGUAAAACGUCUCAUUGUUUUCCUCUCAACGGCAAUGAGAGUGAUCCAGAAGUGUACGGUGUGCAGGGUAUUCUUGAUGCAUAUAUGUACAGCCUAAGACAAAUCCAGUUGCAUGGGCCGACCAUAUUUUCUCAAGUUCUAAGUUCCAGCAUCCAGCAAGUCAGAAAAAAUUUCAUAACUCAGAAAAAUCAACAAUACCACAUUCUGCUCAUCAUUACUGAUGGUGUGAUCAAUGACAUGCAAGAUGCCGUAGACAGAAUUGUGGAGGCCUCCGAUUUGCCAUUAUCGAUUGUUAUUGUAGGAGUAGGCGGAGCUGACUUUAAAAUGAUGCAUCACUUAGAUGCCGACGAUAACCCACUUCGAUCGAGAUCUGGCAAGCUGAUGUCACGUGAUAUUGUCCAGUUUGUACCGUUUCGAGAAUUCACGUCACAGGCGGCUGCUUUCUCGUUGGCACGCGAAGUGUUGGCAGAGAUCCCGGGUCAGGUCACUUCGUUCAUGAAGUCAAAGGGUUUUACACCCAACCCACCGAGACUACAGCCGUCGGCUACAGUGGGUCAUCCACCACAGAAUCAUUUCUCAAAUGGCCCUCCACCACAUCAUUCAGCACAGGGUCAAACGCCCUAUCCAGCCUUUCCACAAUACCCGACAUCUUUACCGCCUACUGCACCCUAUCCAACUGCUUCUGGUCCUUCUGUACCAUACCCGAGCACCUCUGGAUCUACUGCACCCUAUCCGACUGCAUCUGGUCCUUCUGUACCAUACCCGAGCACCUCUGGACCUACUGCACCACCUUAUCCCACAGGGCACUAAAUGUGGCCUGACUUGUAUUGACUACAAUGAAAUUUUCACUUAACUGUAAUUCUACUCGUCUAUAAUAGCUGUUCUCAAAUAUGGACGCAGUGCUCUUGAUUACAAGGAGACAUGCAUCAUUAUUUCUGAUGAUUAAUACGAUUUUCAGAAAACAAUUUGACUUGUGUAAAAAAGUUUGAGUA